UCUCUGUCACUGUAGAAAUUCAUCUCAUGUAAGAUUUUUCUUGUAAAACAAAGGGGGGCUAACCAGAAGGUUUGGGAACCACUGGGACAAGGCAACUGUGGAGAGGAGCGAGAAAGCAGCUGCUGGGCAAAAGGUGGCUCUGCCAGAGAAGAGAUCGAAUGUUAAUAAAGGUCUCAAGAUGACUGGAGCAUGAUGCAGAAUGUAGGAGUUAUGUUGGAAAGUCGAAUGAGAACUUGGGAGGGUUACUAGUCCAACAAGCAGUUGUUCAGGGAUGCCAGGUUGGAGCUGGCUGAUGGCUGGUAGGUGAAUGAGUUCGUUUGCAGAUUUCAGCAGAGUUCAAAGUCCACAAAAGGGUCGAGACUUGAGCAAACUUCCACAGAAGGUUCAAACAGGAUACUGCAGGAAAACAAAUGUAAAGUAAGAGCCAGUGACUACGGUCAAACAGAAAGAUGAGGGACUUGACUGUCACCAGUUCAGCAAAGAUGAACUAGGAGAGAGCUGCAGCACCACUCAAUGAUACCUGCUCACUUAACUGUGAUCAGGAACAGGUGCAGGAGGGAAAGAAGGAACUGUCAGGAAACCUCCACCCAAAGCUUCAUGCCAGCUCAGCAGCUCCACCUGAUAAUGAUUGUAAAGAGAGCGAGUUAGAAAAAGGGAAAGAAAAGAAACAAGAAAAACAGCCCAGCAGAACCUGCCAGACCACGACACUGAUCGUGUGCUGACGCUCAACAAAAAACAGAAACGUGAAGAGUUCAGAAUCCUGAACAACUGAGACAGAGCUGAAAGCUGCAGAAGACAGAAAUACAUGCAGGAUCAGGAGAGGCUGGGUAACAGGCGAACACACAACUGGAAUGAAUGUGACUCAGUGCGCCCCAGGGCGGCCGUGGCUACAAUGUAGCCGUCACCAAAAAGUGCGAUUUACCAUUUACCAUAAUGAAACAGGGAAGCAAAACUAAACAUAACGUACAUGGGACACGACACUAUCACAAUAAAACAGGAAACAGACAGAGACCAGCCACAGGAAAACGAAACAACAUCAGAUAAAGACUAAGAGACGUAGGUUACUACAAUAAUAAACAGGGUCCAAAGUCCAAAAACCAAAACAAUGCUUUAACAUCCAGGUAGCAUAAAAAAGAGGGUCAGCCAGAAUCAUGCCUGAAGCUUGUUGAUGCCAACCAAAGGGUCUGGUUGAGGUGAAAACUGCAAAGGGGCCCGUUCAACCUGUUCUGCCUAUACUGCAGGGUGAGAGGCGGGGUUCACCUGGACAGAUCUCCAGCCUGUCGCAGGGCUUUUUGUUUUAAUCAUUAAAGGUGUGGUGGCAGUAAAAAUGUUAACAAACAAACAUCAUUUCUAUUAGUUUUCACUUGCUGCUUAGCAUUGGCGCUAAAAACCACCUUGGUGUAGGUUAGUUUUAAAAUUGGCCCCUUAACUCCCAGUACAAUGAUGUCCACCCGGUGCUUUUAAAUGUAAUACUUGGGGUAUUUUGAAAGCUUCUAUAUGUGACUGCUGUUACCUGGUUUAUCAUGGCACUGCUGUGUGGCUAUGAGGAACCAGCAGCUUUGACAUCCUGUGCAUGAGUUCAGGGGUAAAGCCUUUGAAGACUAUAGAGCUGAUUGAUGGGGGCUCAUGAUGCCAUCUGCUGCCUGCAAAGCUGAUUCUGUGGUUUGCUUUUCUGUCAGUGUACGAGGUGGAGGUGGAUGCAGAGGUGAAUGCUGUCCAACUGCCAUGCAAAACUAUAACUCACCUGCCUGAAGAUGCUAAAGUGGAGUGGAGCAACAGUAAAGACAAGACAAUCCACCUGUUUGAGAACUCCUCCGACCAGCAUGACGAGCAGCACUGGUUUUACAGACAGCGGACAGAGAUGAAGAAACGCCCGCUGAAGGCUGGAGACCUCAGUCUGUCCCUGAAAUAACCCACAGAUUCAGACACAGACACCUACACCUGCACCGCCCGCAGCAGGGAGGGAAACAUCCUGAUGAAGAAACAAGUACAGCUCCAUGUCAAAGUCUGUCAGAUGGAGGUGAAAGAUGGGGAGGAGUCAAUCCAGCUGCCCUUCAAAUCCACAGGUGACCUCCCCGAUGACAUCAGAGUGAAGUGGUGGCGAGAUGACCCUGAACCAAUGGUGAUGGUCCACGUGUAUCAGAACAAAUCAGAUCAGCCUGACAAACAGGACGAGGAGUACAGAGGCCGAACAGAGACGAGCAAAAAGCUGCUGGAGACAGGAAACCUCAGCCUGACCCUUAAACAUCCAACAGUCAGCGACACGGGAAGAUACCGCUGCAGAGUCGACAGCAGGAACAUCUGGAGAGAGAAGACCGUGCUGCUCAAAGUUGGAGAUCAGUAUGAAGCCUCUGAGCCACUGACCCACCCAGCUGGCUUGGAGAAACAUCUGUGGAUGAGUGAAGAAGAAAUGGCCUUGCAGUCACAGCCUGCUGACUGAUCAGACCUGAAGAGGAAGAAAAGUCUGGUUUUCUGGAGAAUCUCAUAUUACUGAUAUAAUGUUUAAGUGAAACAGGUGUGAUAAUGAAAAAUGACACAGGGAAAAUUUGUUGAACUGAAAUUUAUUUAAUAUUUCCUACAAAAGUCUUUGUUGGUGAUUCAGCUUCAAGACGUCUGUAUGGAGAUACUAGUGGUACCAUUUCAAGUACUAGAGAACUGGUGACGUGUUCUUACACAUCUGACCUCCUGUACGUUCAUACUUUAUCUAAUUCAAACUCCACACAGACAGAACCAGCUGGGAUUCAAACCAGGAACCUUCUUGAAGUGUGUUAAGCACUGUGGGCAGAAGCUCUGUAUCAGCGUGCUGUUAAUGAUCUAUUCUAUGUUUUGUUCACAGUGCUUAGAUUAAAUGCUCAUGCAAACUGUGCAAUUAUCAUAUUGAAAUAAAAACCAGAAGUUGUGCGCUAUUUGAACACCUUGCCUGCCUGCAGCACUAAAGGACUCCGUGAGAGACGUCUGUCUCGCCCUAGCAGCACC